AUGACCGCCGCAGAAACCAUCUUCAUCGUUUGUGCCGUCGUUGUCAUUCUCUUGGCCGUGGUUUUUCUGCCGCAAAUCAACGGUCUCGGCAGCUACAAGCCCGUGGCUAAAAAGACCAAGCAUAAGAAGCUGCGAGAAGACGACAUCCUUGAGGAGCCCGAAAACGGCUACGACACAUACCAGCCCCCGACCACCAGCCAGAUCCAGUCGCGUGACAGUUCGUCGCAGUCGUCUACAACCUUCCGAAAGCGGGUCAACGACCGACUCAACGAUGUGGCUGACUCUGCCCCUGUCACUUUCCGACCCCUGGUCAAGAAGCCCGUCAGCCAGCCGCGAAGCUCAGGCUCUGGAAUCGCCCGUCACGUCGACGAGAACUUUGAUCUCGACGAGUUCUGGCAAAAGGAGGCCGAAAACGAUGUCAGAGAUAUCCAGACGGAGGAGUUGAGACGUCAGAAGGAGGAGAUGGAGCGGGUGAACUUCGCUCGGAAUGAGGAUAACGUCUAG